AUGUUCAAGGUGCACUUUGAGAUAUUCGUCACGGCACAAGUUGCAAGUAGCCAUAUUGCACCACCAUUUUGCACCGAAUAUCGCGAAAAUCUCCAGAAAUUGUCUCAAAUAUGCUAUAAACGCAGAGGAAUAUUACGAUUUUUGGCCUCUGAAAUAUGCUAUUUUCGCACAGACAUAGGUGGGAGCUUCCCGGGGCCUGAUAUUAUCAGGAAAAACGUGCCUCAGGGGAUUUACUACGAGCCAUAUUCAUUCGACUUCGUCCGCAUUCAAUGGGUCGACCUUAUUAACAACAUCAGAUAUCGCGUCGUCACUAACGCUUACUUUGCGAAACUCCUCCAUUCAUCCGGGCGCACGGGUGUGUCGAUCACCAAAUGCGCGUUAGGUCUCGUCUUUCUGUCGGUGGCUGAUGGAUUCAGCCCUAUAGGAGAAUACCUCUACGUCCUUGACCUCUCCUCAUUCCGAGUGUGCGGGUACCAGCCUCGCCAUGCAGUGGUUAUGGGUUGGUUUCAGGAGAAAACGCCGCUUCCAGGACGGAAUGGACGACUAACAUACGAGGUCGAUCUUUGUCCACGUACGAUCCUUCGUCGAGUCGUCGAAAAAGCCAAAAACGAACUCAACCUCUCCUUCCUCAUCGGCGUCGAAUCCGAAUUCAUCCUUUUAAAACAAACGAACCCCAUCGAAGCAGUGAACAAUCACGGAUGGUCCAACUCCGCCGCCUUACCCUCUGGCUCCGUCGAAGCCAAAGUCCUGGAGGAAAUCGCGGAUGCCUUGAAUGCUGCUGGGAUAGAGCUGCAGAUGUAUCAUGCCGAAGCUGCCCCGGGACAAUAUGAAGUUGUUACGGGGCCACUGGGACCACUUCAGGCGGCUGACGCGCUUGUGCAUACGAGGGAGACGAUUUACAACGUUGCUAGUAAACAUGGGUUGAGGGCUACGUUCGCUCCGAGGGUUUAUAUGGAUAGCUGCGGAAGCGCAGCACACACUCAUAUAUCCAUUCACUCCUCCUCUCCACCCUCCCCUUCGACCCCCUCACCAAACUUGACAUCCCUCGAAGCCUCCUUCCUAGCUGGGCUCCUCGCCCACCUUCCCUCCCUAACAAUCCUCACACUCCCCCUCAGCGCCUCCUACAAACGCAUGGUCGACGGUGCCUGGUCAGGGGGCACCUACGUCUGCUGGGGGACCGAUAACCGCGAAGCUCCAAUAAGGCUAUGUAACGCCACCUCCCCCGCUUCCCGGAACUUUGAAGUGAAAUGCGUAGAUGGGACGUCGAAUCCGUACUUGGCGUUUGCGGGGCUUAUAGCGGCUGGCGUAGAGGGUGGUGUGAAGAUCAACAGGGCACUUGAGGUGAGGGAUUGUAGUGCCCAUGGAGAACUUGGGAAGACGGCGGCGGAGAUGGGGGAGGAGGAGAGGGCGAGGUGUGGGAUUACGGAGAGGUUGCCGUUGAAUUGGGAGGCAGCACGGGAGGCGUUUAGGGGUGAUGCGGUGCUUGGCGAGGCGUUUGGGGAGGCGUUUGUUACGGGGUAUUUGAAUGUUAAUAAGACGUUGAAGGAGAAGAUGAGUGUGAAGGACAGUUUGGCUGAUAGGCUUGAUGAAGGGGCGACUUUGAAGCUUCUUGUUGAGAAUUACUGA